AUAAAAAGAGAGUUAAUUGAAAAAAACGCGAUUUCAAUUAAAAAUAUUUUGAUUGAACUGAGAGUCGCUCUCAUUUUGUUAUCGCUUGACGACGCAAAGUUAAUGUAGUAACUCAGUCAUCUGUUAAAUAUUGUCUCGAAUUGUAAUCAAAACAAACUUUCGUCGUUCGUGAAUAAAAAUAUUUACUAUCAGUUAUACUCACCUAUAUUUGUGUAGAGUUAACAGGUUUUUGAUCUCUCUCACGUAGUCGAUACGCGAUCUUAUCUCUCGUGUGUGUUUAAAGAUAAGUUAAUUCAGCUGCAAUUAAACAAUCGAAGAGACUCAGUGCCGAAUUGUUUGUCAUUCGAGUCGUGUCGUGACAUAUUUUUCAAAAAAAAAAAAAAAAAAAAAAAAAAAAAAAAAAAAAAAAAAAAAAAUUAAAAAAAAAAAAAAAAAAAAAAAAAAAAAAAAAAAAAAAAAAAAAAAAAAAAAUAAAAAAAAAAAAAAAAAAAAUUAAAAAAAAAAAAAAUAAAUUAAUAAAAAUAAAAAAAAUAAAAAAAAAUUACAAAAUGACACUUUCUGGACUUCUUCAAAAAAUUUGUCCCUUCUUCUUUGGAAUAAGUACAUGGCUGGGAAUUUACGCAACUUUCACGCAAAUGCCAAUUAUCGUCAAUACAGCUCCUGAAGGAUGGAAUUUGCCAUCAUACGUCGUUGUAAUGAUCCAAAUAGGCAAUCUUGGGCCUCUUUUGUAUCAUUUCCUGCAGAAACAUCGACCUGUGAAGGAUUCUUACCUAAUUUAUGGGAUGUUGACCCUUGGAUUUUGUGGCGCUCUGCUUUUUUCACAACUUUGGGAUUUGACAACUUUAAUUUUUGACAAAGAACGGAGUUUGUCGCUGUUGGGAUCAGUACUGAUGUUUUCUUUUAUGGCUUGUACAAGUUCUGUUUUGUUUAUGCCUUACAUGGGACGUUUUCCUUCGUCGUAUAUCGUUCAAUAUUUCACCGGCGUGAGUUUUGGCGGACUAAUUUGUGCAUUUUUAGCACUUGUACAAGGCAUGGGCAGCACCGAAGAAAAACUUAUCGCAACUAAUGAGACAGAAAGUGUCACGGAAGAGCCACAAAUGCAAAUUGAUCAACCGAAUUUCAGUGUUUCGACGUUCUUUUUGCUCAUUAGUGGCAUCCUUUUCGUGAGCGGCAUUGCAUUUUACCUGAUGGAUACACUGGAAAUUUUUAAAAAGCAAUAUGCAAAUGUCGAAAUUAGAUAUGGUAAUGACUACACAUUUAAUAGUGCGGAAAAUGAAGAGAUGCGCGAGACGAACGACGAGGAUAAAAGGCAGCAGCCACGUCAACAAUUGAAAAAAUUAUCUCCGAUUAAUUAUCGGAAUUUAUUGCUUCUUUUUGGUGUAAUGUCGGCUGUAAUUAACGCAAUCAUCCCGAGCGUGUUAUCGUAUGCAACGCUACCAUUUGGCUCGAAUACCUACCAUUAUACGAUAACAGUUGUCUACAUCAUGGAGCCAUUAGCAUAUAUCUUUGGAAAUUUCAUACCACAUUCGAGCAUUCGUGCGGUUUGGAUUGUCGCUUUUAUCCCAGUUUUGCCGUGCACUUAUUUGAUGAUAAAUGCCGUCAUGAGUCCUUAUCCGUGGCUUCUUGGAACGACAAUUGGCGAAAUUUUACCUAUAAUUUCAUGGUCACUCGUUAAAAUGAGCAACGCUUUUGUAACGAUAUCCUUAAUGAGCAUUUUUCGUGAUCAAGGCGGAAAAUCUUUAGUCAAUAUUGGAUCAUAUACUCAAAUAGGCUCGUUCCUUGGUUCAGUAUUCAUCUUUUGUCUCGUGAACUUUACAGAUAUUUUUAAAAGUUUGUGAGCUGUGAUGGAACAAAAACGCUUUAAAAUAGCUUUAAUAAUAAUUAUAAUUUUUUUA